AUGCAGCUGUUAUAAGCACUGCACGUCGAGUCGCUUGCCACAGCAGAGGACUAAUAUAUACACAGAGGCGAGCAGACACACAAAACAGCUGCAUGCACACACAGCACAGAAUUCUCUCUCUCUGUUGCAGAAAGUUUCUGAGAAUUAUUAUGCAGAAGACUGAAAGACACGUGUGAAAUUGCAGGGGCUUGGCUCCUUCUCCUAUUUCCAAGGUCUUUUUUUUCUUCAUUUAAACUCCUUUAUUGAAGAGAAGCAGAGCUUGCUUAAAAUAUCAGUAUUAUUUCUUUCUAAAUUUUGAAACGGGAAGAAAAAAGGUAGUGGUUAGAGGGGAGAACACUACACUGUCUUGCCGCACGGACUUUUGGAAGACGCUGGCCAUUUUUUGCAGCGUGAGCGUGGAAAAGAAGACAAAAGUCCAUUGGAGGAAAGACUUGGCAGCAACAAAGCGGGGAAGGAAAAGAAAGAUAUUCUGGAAAGAAACGAUUGCUAGCUAAAAUAGAACGCGAACAAUCGAAGAAGUAACUUCAGCCCGAGUGUGCAAGGCGGCAGACUCUGCUUUUCCAGGUCUAUAAAAGCCCCCCAAAGCUAGGGUGCCCCACAGAUCAAGAGGGAUCCCUUAUUUUUGCGAUUCCCAGGAGCUGCUCCUCAAGGGCGCCUCUUGCCUCAGAAACACCCCUAGGAAAAAUGGAGGCCCCUCUAGAUCCAAGCUCGUUUUCUAAAAGCAUUUUGUUCCCGACGUUCCUCCUCUUGCUCGCCUCUGGCUGCCCCCUGAUCCGGGCUGCGCAUGAGCAUUUUGGGGGGUACCAAGAAGAAAUCAUCUAUCCGGAGAGGCUCAACAUCACGCAUCACCGUGCGGGCCAGGACAAGGACGGCACGUUUGAUAACAGCCUCGGCACCGACGGGAGCCCCGAGGAGCGGCUCGCCUACCGCUUCCGGGUGUUUGGCGAAGAGCUGGUCCUCCACCUGGAGAAAGACCCCAGCUUCUUCACGGAGGGCUUGACCGUGCAGUACCUGGGCGGAUCUGGGCAAGCAGUGGACGGCCUGACCGAGCAGGGGACGUACUUCACCGGCACGGUGAACUCCGACCCGGAAUCGAUCGUGGCCGUCAACUACAACGGGUCCUCUCUGCUGGGGGUGCUGCAGUUCCGUGGCGCCGAGUACCACGUCCAGCCCCUGGAAGGGGCAGCCCCAAACACGGCGGGAGGAGCCGGUGCCCACGUGGUGAGAAAGAAGAUGCCGGAGAAAGCCGGCGGCCCGAUGUGCGGAGUCGGAUCCCACGUGCCAGAGAGCAGGCCGGCUGUGGGCGCGGAGCCUUUGGCCGGGGCGGGAGGAUCUCCCAGGAGAGCCAAGAGGUUUGCUUCCAUCCCGCGCUACGUGGAGACGCUGGUGGUGGCCGACAAGGAGAUGGUGCGCUUCCACGGCGGAGGCCUCAAGCCGUACCUGCUCACCAUCAUGGCCGCCGCAGCCAAGUUCUUCCGCCACCCCAGCCUGAAGAACCCAGUCAACUUGGUCGUGACCAGGCUGGUGGUGAUCGGAGAGGGCGAGGACGGCCUGCAGGUGUCGUCCAACGCCGCCGAGACACUGCGGAACUUCUGCACCUGGCAGAAGGGCCUCAACAAGCCCAGCGACAAGGAUCCGGAGCACUUUGACACGGCCAUUCUUUUCACCCGACAGGAUCUUUGCGGGCGAUCCAGCUGCGGCACUCUCGGCAUGGCGGACGUCGGCACGGUCUGUGACCCGGCUCGCAGCUGCUCCAUCGUGGAAGAUGACGGCCUCCAGUCUGCCUUCACAGCAGCCCACGAACUUGGGCAUGUCUUCAGCAUGCUCCAUGACGACGACAAACACUGCAAAGAGCUGAACCGCCACACCAACUCCCGUCACAUGAUGGCUUCUGUCAUGUCCCCCGUGGACCCCGAUGAGAUGUGGUCGCCGUGCAGUGGCCGCUUCAUCACCGAUUUCCUGGACAAUGGUCAUGGUCUCUGCCUCCUGGACAAGCCGCACGAGCCCCUGAGCCUGCCGGCCGUCUUCCCCGGCAACAAUUACGACGUGGACCAGCAGUGCCAGCUGAGCUUCGGGCCGGACUCCCGGCACUGCCCCAACAUGCACCCGCCCUGCUCCUCGCUGUGGUGCACGGGCCGGAUCAACGGGCAGUUCAUGUGCCAGACCAAGUACUUCCCCUGGGCCGACGGCACGCGGUGCGGCGAGGGCAAGAGCUGCAUGAGCGGGCAGUGCAUGAGCAAGGUGGAGCUGAAGGCGUACGACAUUCCGACCCAUGGCGGCUGGGGCCGCUGGGGCCCGUGGGGCGAGUGCUCGCGCAGCUGCGGAGGGGGGGUGCAGUACUCCAGCCGGGAGUGCAACAAGCCCGUCCCACGGAACGGGGGCAAGUACUGCGAGGGGAAGCGCAUCCAGUUCCGCUCGUGCCAGGUCCAGCAAUGCCCUGACGGGAACGCCUUGACCUAUCGUGAGCAGCAGUGUGCCGUGUACAACCACCGAACGGACAUGUUCAAGGAUUACCCGGCCCCGAUGGACUGGGUGCCCCGGUACAGCGGUGUGGCCCAGCGCGACCAGUGCAAGCUGACCUGCCAGUCUCACGCCCUGGGCUAUUACUACGUUCUGGAACCAAGGGUGGCUGACGGGACGCCCUGCUCCCCGGAGUCCACCUCGGUCUGCGUGCAGGGCCGCUGCAUCCACGCUGGCUGCGACCGCGUCAUCGGCUCCAAGAAGAAGUUCGACAAAUGCAUGGUGUGCGGCGGGGACAACUCGGCCUGCACCAAGGUCUACGGCUCCUUCGCCAAGCCCAGGUACGGAUACAAUGACGUGGUCACCAUCCCCGCCGGAGCCACCCACAUCCUGAUCCGGCAGAACAGCGCCUCAUCGUCCGCCAGCGAUGGAAUUUACUUGGCACUGCGCCGGCGGGACGGCUCUUAUGCCCUCAACGGCAACUACAUCCUGACGCCCUCCGAGCAGGACGUCCGCCUGCAGGACGGGGCGACCUUGCGCUACAACGGGGCCACCAAGGCCGUGGAGAUGAUCACGGGCCGGGGGCCGCUGGCGGAGCCCCUCACCCUGCAGGCCUUGGUGGUGACUGACGAGAAGACCCCGCGCCUCAAGUACACCUUCUUUGUGCCCAAGCCACAGAAGAAGCCGUCGAGUCAGUGGCUGAAGCAGAAAGCCCACAUCUUACAGGUCCUAAGGAACCGGCGAGGCCGCAAAUAGACUCCGGAGCAAGGCGGUCCUCCAAACCUGAGUGGGGGCCGGCGUGGGGAGGGGGGGGCUCCGAGGCGGCCCUUGGCCGUUCCGAAGAGGACAAAGGCACACUGCCUCUGCCACCCUUCCAAGGACCCCCUGCACAGGAAGGACCGCUCACCAGCAGGGCGCCAUGCUGGGUCUCGGCUGGACAGCGGCCAGCUCUUCUGCAGCAAAUUGUGGACUGCUUUUUGGUCCGCUUGGCACGGCCUGGACAUCUGGCGAUGCAGGACACUGAG